AUGUGUAGUGUAUUGUUAUAUCAACAGGGCACUAUUUAUAUGUACAGUAUGCCGAAAGUUUGGUACCGUAUCAGGCGCAAUCAGGUGGUUAUUCUUAUAGUAGUGGUAUUUUCUCUGCUUUAUUAUAUUUCACUAAGCAGCACUCUCCGAGAACCUAACUUGGAUAUAACACGGAGUGCUAGCGAUUUACUAAAGCGUGAAACUAACCUAGCUUCUUUGCCUGCGAGAGACAUAGUUAAUGCACCACACGACUAUAACAACAGAAACUCCGUGGCAGAGUAUAUAGAAAAACGAUUGGAAGAAGCGUUAAAGGAAGAUAAGGGUACUGGAUGUGAGAUCCCCAAAUUAGACCCCUUCGCUCCGGAAGUCACCAAAUUUGACAAGGACCUGCCAAAAGUAGUUUGCUAUGGUGUGGACUGGGUAAAGUGUUAUUUGGACGAAUGUAAAGUCGUGCCUGAAAUAUUGGACAGUACGAGCGAUGUGGUCUGCACGUACAAUGAUAUCAUCUAUGAGAGCGAUGAUAAGUACACAAUCGGUCCGCCCACAGAAAAACGAGGUUCAGAUGUUUACCCACUGAUAAAGAGCGACCACGUGAAGAUUAAAUGCACUGGGACACACGAAAACAGCAUUCUACCCGCGAAAUGGCUGGGCCACGGCGUUGGAUUUCGAUCGACAGUGACACCAAAACCACCACCAGAAGGAAGGGAAAACACAUAUAACAUUAUGUUCCUCGGUUUCGAUUCUACCGCCAAAAAUGGUUUUAUAAGACGUAUGCCGAAAAGCUAUAAGGUUGUUAAAGAAAUUGUUGGUGCUACAAUUCUAAACGCGUAUAAUAUAGUUGGGGACGGUACACCGGCCGCGCUUUUCCCGUUUUUAACUGGCAAAACGGAAUUGGAGUUGCCAGAUGUUAGGAAAAAAUUGAGAAACAAAAGCAGUUUGGAUGUUAUGCCGUUCAUAUUUUACAAGCUGAAAGAUGAUGGAUAUCGAACUGCCUACUUCGAAGACAUGCCAUGGAUAGGAACGUUCCAAUAUCGCUUCAACGGUUUCAAAAACCAGCCGGCCGACCACUACCUUCGUGACUUUUAUUUGGAAGAGUCCCAGAACGGAAAGAGGUGGGGCAGCAAGAGUAAGAAGUACUGUGUGGGUGAUACGCCGCAGUUCGAGUUGAUGAUGAAUAUUACUGACCAGUUCUUCAAGCUCGAUGGAAAAAAGUUUUGUUUUACAUUCAUAGCGGAUAUAACGCACGAUGACUUCAACAUGAUACCAACUGCCGACGAUGCGUUAGCGGUUUUUCUUACUAACUUCAUGGAGAGGGGUCUGGGCAAGAACACUAUGCUUCUAUUGUUUGGAGAUCACGGUCCGAGAUAUGCUCACGUCAGAGAUACUUUGCAAGGAAAGUUUGAAGAGCGCUUACCCCUUAUGGCUAUAAGGCUACCUGAUGACCUAAAAGAGGCCAGGCCGGAAGCCCAAGAGAACUUGGACCAGCCGAUACCGAAAAAUCGUUCGUGCAGCGAAGCUGGUAUCGAGCCUCACUGGUGCUCAUGUCUUUCAUGGGAGGACGUGAAUGAAAACGAUCCCAUGUACAAGAAAGCUGCGCAAGCGCUAGUCGAUUUUAUAAAUUCCCUCACUGAAGAUGUAAGGUCCAAAUGUGUGCCUCGCACUCUGCAGUCCACAUCGUGGGUUAUGCACAAGCGUCCCAACAAUGGCGUCUUGACUUUCGUGGAGGCGAAAGAUACGGACGGCUACGUAGGGAAAUUUGGGAAACGCGUCAAAACGAAUAAGGAGGACUAUACGGUGAAGAUUUCAGUCGGUCCCAACAACGGCGUCUACGAAGGAUCUAUGACGUACUACGUUCAGGAGGAUAAAUUCCAUAUUGACGCCAGAGAUAUAUCUAGAACUAAUGCUUACAACGACGAGCCCAGCUGUAUAAGCGCGACACAUCCACAUCUAAAUAUGUAUUGCUUUUGUAAAGAAUUCCUUUAG